AUGCCGUCCACGUCUCUCCUCCGCGUCGCCGUCCGCGGCUCCACCUCCUUCCUCCGCGCCUCCUCCGCCCGCCCCGCGCAGCCCCUGAUGGCUCGCUCGGCCGCCGCCGCCGUUGUCGUCGCCCGCCCGGCCGCCUUCAGCACCUCGGUUGCCCGCCGCAGUGAGCACGCCGAGGAGACCUUCGAGGAGUUCUCCGCCAGAUUCGAGAAGGAGUUUGACAGCGUUCAGGACGUCUUCGAGCUCCAGCGCAACCUCAACAACGCCUUCGCCUACGACCUCGUCCCCUCUCCCACCGUCAUCGCCGCCGCCCUCAAGGCCGCCCGGAGGGUCAACGACUUCGCCACCGCCGUCCGCAUCUUCGAGGGCGUCAAGGCCAAGGUCGAGAACAAGGGCCAGUACGAGCAAUACCUCCAGGAGCUCAAGCCUCUCCGGGAAGAGCUUGGCGUGCCGCUGAAGGAGGACCUGUACCCCGAGGAGAAAUAA